GGUGCCACGGGUUUGAUUUCGAGUUCAGAGUUGGGGGUUAGCAGCUGCACCUGUGCCCGCUGACUUUAUGCUCUAUCCUUGACCAGAGUUGAUCAGUUUAAAGGCGGCGCAGUAAGAACACCCACACUUGACGCUUGCCUUUGAAAAACUGCAGCAUAAGCUGCCGCCAAAGAGAUCUAGGAGCGUCCCGAAGUGCAAGGCUUUUUAAAAAUGACAUUUGUUUUGAAGGAGGGUUGCUAUCACGGCGUGCUUGUGGAGGUCAUAGGACAACUUGCGGGACUCAGUUCCACCUUACAGGGUCUCUCUCUUUAUCCCUGGCUAGCCCAGAAUGCACUAUGUAGACCACACUGAUCUUGAACUCAUGGAAAUCUGUCUGCUUCUUCACAAGUGCCAGGAUUAAAGUCAUGUGGCAUCAAACUCCACUUUUUGUUGAAUAUGCAUAAAAGACUCUUCCUGUUCUUGUGCCAUUUGGCUGAAGUAGGACGGGGUCAGGGUUUGAGGACUGACAGAUUCUAAACCUGGGCUUUCUAGGCUCCCAGAAAGCCACCAGAUGCCACAUGGAACCAAGGGCCCCAUGCCCAGCUGCCAUACCCUCAGUGGAGAGAAAGUUCCGUGUUCUCGUGGGGGUCACUGGAAGCGUUGCUGCUCUGAAGCUGCCCUUCCUGGUGUCAAAGCUUCUGGACGUCCCCGGGCUGGAAGUCACAGUGGUAACCACUGAGAGAGCCAAACAUUUCUAUAGCCCUCAGGAUGUUCCUGUCACCCUCUACAGUGAUGCUGAUGAAUGGGAGAUGUGGAAGCGCCGCUCUGACCCAGUUCUCCACAUUGACCUGCGAAGGUGGGCUGACCUCAUGCUGGUGGCUCCCCUUGAUGCCAACACUCUGGGGAAGGUGGCCAGUGGCAUCUGUGACAACUUACUUACCUGUGUCAUCCGGGCUUGGGACCUCAGCAAGCCUCUACUCUUCUGCCCUGCCAUGAACACCGCCAUGUGGGAGCACCCUCUCACUGCACAGCAGGUGGACCAGCUCAAGGCCUUUGGCUAUGUGGAGAUUCCCUGUGUGAGCAAGAAGCUGGUGUGUGGAGAUCAAGGUCUAGGAGCCAUGGCCGAGGUGGAGACCAUUGUGGGGAAAGUGAAAGAAGUACUCUUCCAGCGCGGGGGCUUCCAGCAGAGCUGAACUGGGGUUUUUGUCCUGGUGUCUGUGCACCCAGUGAGUUCAGCCUGAGCUGCUGAAGAGGGACAUCACCACAGCAUGAAGAACCUGUGUUCGUGAGGAGGGGCUGGCGUGCACCUUCUCAGAGCUGCCUGGGGACUGACCCUCUUCAAGUUAAACAGAACUACAGACCCAGGUCCUACCUUCUUCCAACCAGGAGAUGCUGCUUUCCUGAGGCCCUCCCGUUUCUUCCUGGGAUAGGCCCAGAAAGCUGAAGCUGGGCAAUCAUGUUACUACUGGAAGAAUAAUUGAAUGACUGAGGACCUCCUGCUUGGAAAUGCUUUUAGGAACACGAUGGCUGAAGCUGGGCAUGGUGGCUCAUGUCUGUAAUCUUAACACUCAGAAGGCUGAGGCAGGAUUGCCACAGCUUUGAAGUUUCUUGGGCUACAGAGUGAGCCAGGCCUGUGAGUGUGACAGCCUAUUUCAAAACAAAAACAACAUGAAGAAACACCAUAGCUCAAGAUCCCUGGCACAGCAGGCUCCUGAUCAAGCCUUGGAAGCUUCCAUUCUUUGGUGCCCCAGUGUCACACAGUCAGGAAGUCUGUGAGGUGGCAAGACUCUUCACAUUUCCCACAGACUGUACUGGGAGUCGGGGCAGGGACGGUUCUGGGAAAUAAAGAAAAGUGACCUCA